UCCCCUGCAUUACUUGGAGGGAGCCUCCCGGGGCAACAAUGGAGCUCGCUCAGGGGCCCGCGGUGGCCGCCUGGGAAGUCGUGCACAUGCGCAUCACUUUUUCCCAUGAGCACCCGCGGGGAGGUGACACGUGGUGUUUCCUUCCCCAGAAAUUCUGAGGAGAUUGAAAAGGAAAAGCGAGACCCAGCUAAAAGGGCUGUGAGGAAAGAGGAAUUUCAGGGUGAAUGGAAUGCUACAGCGUCUGGAUUUAUUGCGACUGACCCCGAGGUCGCAGACACCUCCAAAAGUGCACAGGUGCCCCCUGUGCCUCUUCAUGGUUCCCUACAGAGGACCGGAGUAUAUCGCCCCCUGGGGAGGGAGCCGUCGGCAGCCCCACCCAUCUGGCCAGAGUGGGUUGGAAAAAGUUUUUGAGAAGAUUCUGUCUUUCUGAUGAAAUACAGCAUUAUAGAAUGGACGCCUGCGUGGCUCAGUGGUUGAGCAUCUGCCUUCAGCUCAGGGCAUGAUCCAGGA